CGUUGCACUCUCGCACCAAAGAUUGACCCAAAAAAAUAACAAACCAAUAAAACGAACCGAAUAGACAGAUCAGAUCUCACCGAACGAAGAACACGAGGCCAAAGGGAGAGAGAGAGAGAGAGAGAGAGAGAGAGAGAGAGGAAUCAAACUGUAUUCAGCUCAGUGCUUUACCACACACCAAACACGACGUCGCAUUACAAUGCUGCCACCUCGCUUUCCCUUCUUCAGCGGAAGCGGCGGAGGAACUUCUUCCAAUUCCAUCACCACCACCACCAACAACCGAAAUCCGCGGAACACCACCACCGCUGAGUCCGAGUUCCGUCAACGAGUUCCCACUCUCAAAAUCCAAGCGGACAAGGACGUGUACCGCCCCGGCGAUCCUCUGAUCGUCACAAUCCAGAUCUCCAACCCCGACACCGCCUCGUCACUCUUGCUCGACCGAAUCGGUUUCGAAAUCAGAGCCGUCGAGAAGCUCGAUUCUCAAUGGUUCGCCACUCACAAACCCUUACCUGGAUCCAAACAACGACGAGGCGAAUUUGUGUUUGUGGAAUGCGCCGUGCCUUCGAUGGUUUCGAAUCAGAUUGUUUCUGCCGGUGCCACUAAAUCAUAUGUGGUGCGAACUGUGCUGCCAGACAUUAUACCACCAUCUUACAAGGGGGCUACCAUUCGCUACUUUUAUUAUGUUAAAAGUACUUUGUCUGGACAAUGGCUGAUACUGGAAAAUGGCCACUCUCAUAGAGAGUCAGUACAAGGUUUUAGUGAACUGGAAGAUCGUAUACCAUUACAAGUAUGGGUCACUCAAAAAACCAGUGGCUUGCUAAUGGAAGAAGGUCAAAGUGGUGGGAUUGUUCCUUCUACAACCAUCCAAAUGGAUAUAUUUUGGAAAGAGAUGGAUGGAGACUCUGAUUGGGUUAGAGCUAAUGACAUAUAUGAUGGAGUUGAGGAAGGCUAUGAAAGCUCAAGGGAUGAGAUCUCAUCUGUUUCUUCCUACAAUCCCAUGAAAGAAAAUGUACACAAAACUUUUGGAAGUUCACUGUCCUUGCAAUCAUCUACAGCAAGGUCUUUGACUAAAGACAUUCCAAAUGUACACAAAACCUUUGGAAGUUCACCGUCCUUGCAAUUAUCUACAGCAAGGUCUUUAACUAAAGACAUUCCAUAUCUUGAAGGAGAACAUACAAGCUUAUCUUCAAAUGCUGCACUUCCUCCGUUGUCUGCUGAGGUCUUAUAUGAUUCUAGUUCUGAUGUUUUAUCUCCACAGAAGGAAGCUGCCAUUGUAUCUCCAGGCCAGCAGCAGAAGCUUACAGAUGAUGAUACAGGUGUAACCCCUUCACUGGCAUCAGGAGCUGUUGAGCCUGUAGCAUCAGAAGGCUUUAUUCGAGGAAGGUCAUACAAUAUCAGGCUGGAUGAUCAAGUUCUGCUUAGAUUUUCUCCAAAAAACUCUGACUCAACUUAUUACUUCAGUGAUAUGAUUGGUGGAACUCUUACUUUCUUUCAUGAAGAAGGAGCUAGGAGAUGCCUUGAGGUUUCAAUAACAUUGGAGACUUUAGAGACUGUAAAUCGGCGAUUUAUCCAUCCUUCUCGGAGGAAUUCCCCUACAAUUACAAAGGUUCAAAGUGAUCAUUAUGAGGUUGUUGCAGAUUUGGUGCAAACGAGCUUUCUUUUCUCCAUUCCCAUGGAUGGGCCCAUGUCCUUUUCCACACCACAUGUAUCCGUACAAUGGUCACUUCGAUUUGAAUUUUUUACCACUCCAAAGAAUGUAGAUUGGACCAGAUAUGAGCAUCCGCUUCUGAUAGAGGGAAGAGACAAAAGUGAGUGGGUUCUUCCAAUUACUGUGCAUGCUCCUCCACCUGGGACUUCUGGUGGUCACAACCGCAGUGAGAAACUCUUCUCUUUGGAGCCAUUGUGGGUGCAUAAUUGAAAGGAUAAGGUUUCUUCAUGACACAGGUAGACCUAACCAGCUGAAAUACAAGUGUUUAAGCCAGAUUAGCACCCAUGAAGCUCAGAAGCUAUUUUCCUUUUUUGGAGAAAUGUUCAUUCAAAUGAAUGAUGGGCGAGUUCAAGCACAUAAGGAAGAUGUUGAGAGCGGUCACUUAGAUGCUACACCUGCUGUGUUGGUUCCCAAUGCAGUUUUUCAUCGCAUUACUAAGUGCUGCCUGCAUGUCGUGCCCUACUGAUGUACGUUCUUAUUUUUUCCACUAUUAUUUUUACAUUCAGAAUCACUUUCAGCUGAAAUGGUCAUGUCUAUACAUUAUAUAAGAGUGACAACAUGCCUUAGGUGUUUCACAUACAUACAUAAAGGUCUUUGGUUGAUUUUUCUAGUCUAUGACUUGCAUUCCAUCAGGAUAAAAACUGUAGAAAGAAAAGAUAAAGUGUAGAGGGUUGAGUAGGGCAUGUAUGUGAAGCCUAUGUUUUCCCAUGCAAGCCUCAAGCAUGUCAAACCCUUUGUCUUGCCUUUUCUCUCUAUCUGGAUGAUUGUCUGCCCCUCUGCUCUUUGCAUGUCUCUCUCUCCCCUUUUGUUGAUGUCAACUUUCUCACUCUUAUGUUGGGUUCUUACUCUUGUUUACUCGGAGCAGUUGCAUUUCCUUGGUGUUCUUGCUCUUCAUUGCUAAAAAAGCCUGUGCUUUUAAGCAAUGAGGGACAUGGGAAAACCAUUGACUAUCUGCAUCAGGUGAAGCUGUUUUCAUUAAACUUAUCGAGACCAACUAUACAGUAACUGGAAGGCUUCCUACAUAUUUGUUAUUCAAUUUUUUAAUUUUGCACUUUAAUCUUUAAUAGAGUGGGACUUUGACCUAGCAAAAAAGAGUGAGACUUUGUUGUAUAUACAUGAUUGCUUUGUUGUUUCUUUUCUACAUACAUAUAAAUGUUUUGAAAUUUCAUUUUCUUUUUUCACCUUUGAUCAGAAAAACAUUAAGUGCAA